GGGCAGCAGUGAGGUCACGAAGGCGGAGUACCACAGUCGACCUCUCACCGCUUUUCUCCUCCGACCUUGAGCCGCUUGCCCACCCAAACCCUAAGAAGCCGCGAUCGCCGUUGACGACCUCGAAUCGGGGAUUCGAUAGGACGUCCGCCUAGAAAUAUAGGGUAUUGGAAAUCUCUGCCUCGAUCCAAAGCCGGUCAGAUUCCGUUGCCUAAUCCCGCCGAUAUGGUCGGCUCCGGCGGCUCCUCGGCGGCCCGCGUCAGCGGCACGGACCGCUUCUACAACCCUCCGGCGAUCAGGAGGAAGCUUGAGCUGCAGAAGAAGCAGCAGCAGCAGCAGCAGCAGAAGGAGGUGAUGCCGAGGAUUCGGCCGUCCGUGGAGGCGACGGCGACGGCGGCCGAGGUCAAGGUGGUCGAGGACAGAUUUGAUCGGGAUGAUGCCUCUCUGAAGCCCUCUGUCUCAACGUCAUCAUCUCCCUCUCCUUCUCCCACCCCGCCACCGGCAUCGCCGACUCCCGUCGGAAACCUUGACCGGCUGCUCGAGUCCACCACCCCCAUUGUACCCGCCCGGUAUUUCUCCAAGGCUACUGCAAGGGGAUGGAGGAAUGGCGACGAAAUGGAAUCUCAGCCCUACUUUUUCCUUGGAGAUCUUUGGGAAUCUUUCAAAGAGUGGAGUGCUUAUGGUGCGGGGGUGCCCUUGGUGCUAAACGGGAAUGAUUCUGUUGUUCAGUACUAUGUGCCAUACCUCUCCGCCAUUCAGCUGUAUGUGGAUACUGGUGCGGCCACAUUAAGAUCGGGGCGAUCUGCUGAGGGAAAUGAUGGGAAUAAUUAUCUGGAUACUAGCAGUGAGGGCAGCAGUGGCAGUGAAGAGAACCACAUAAGAGAAACAAGUUCAUCAUUGGGCACAACUGGCCAUAUUGGCCAAGGAGGCUAUGUAAAUGAUAAAAAUGAUGUUUGUCCGAAGCUAACACUUCCAGCAUUCGAGUAUUUUGAGAAGGACCCACCUUAUGGAAGAGAACCAUUGGCUGACAAGAUAUCAGUUCUUGCCAAUACAUUUCCAGACCUGAAAACGUACAAGAGUUGUGAUAUGCUGCCAUGUAGUUGGAUGUCUGUUGCCUGGUACCCGAUAUAUAGGAUACCAACAGGACCUACAUUAAAGGACUUGGAUGCUUGCUUUUUGACAUUCCACUCACUGGCUACUCCUAGAAAUAAUGCCAGUCCACCUUCAGAGGUUCUUGACUCUUGCACAAACAGGAAUGUCAAGAGCUGCAAUGACAGGCCUGUGAAACUAUGUUUGCCUGUUUUCGGACUGGCUUCAUAUAAAUUCAGGGGGUCUAUUUGGACAUCCAGUGGUCUGCAUGAGCAGCAGCUAGCAAGCUCGCUAUUGCAAGCUGCAGACAACUGGCUUCGCCGCCUACAAGUUGAUCAUCCUGACUUCCGUUUCUUUCUUUCCCACUCCAACACAUUUAGGAGGUGAUCUUAUAUUAACAUUAGUUGUUGCUUUCUAACUUAAUGUGCAUCAAUCUAAGUCUCCAUCCCGAUCCUGGGAUUCAAACACCCAUAUCACAUAGUUUUUGCUCCAUGUAUCUCGUUACUGUUUCUUACCCCCUCAAUUAAUAUGUUUCUUGUGAAAUUGCACGUGAACGCCUGUGUUAUAUCAUAGAAAAAAAAA